UAUAAACUAACGUAAACGUCCUAUUAUGAGUGCACUGAAUAGUUUCGAUAUAUAACUUAUGCAGAAAUUUAUCGAUAUUCGGAAUCUUGACUUCUGAUUUUGUUGCAACGUAACAAUUACAUACCAUUAAAAUUGCAUUUCAUUUUACACAUAACAGUAUAAGAUAUAUAAAGGAACUGUUAAAAAACACGUGGCUCGAUGGACACUGAAGUCUACGAACUAGAACUAAUACGCCAAGAUAUCGUUAAAAAUCAUCUUCAACUUACGGCUUUGAUACAAGAUAUACAGCAAUGUACCGGCCCUUUAGAAUUGCUUAUGGAAUUGAACGCAGAAGGCAGAGCGAAACUAGAAGCGUUACAAUCAUCCAUAUGUAAUUUGGCAUCGAUAGCGGAAAGAGAACUUUUGGAAAAGAAUAAAGUAGAAUUAUUAGCAGAGUUAGAUACUUAUAAGCAACAGUCUAAGACUUCCUUCACUGCAUUUUGUAAGGCCAAUGUCGUUAGUAUGUGUGUAAUAGAUAAGCUUGCCAAGGAAGAGCUAAUGUCGAUGCCAGAAGAUCAGCAAGCUUCUAUUCGGAAACGACACGACAGACGAAGUCUAGCAAACGCGUCGAGUCAGGUGUCCGAUAAACUUUUAAGUAUAUCUAGACACUUGGCGGAAACAACUCAAAGAAGCGCAGGCACAUUGGAUACAUUGUUAAGCUCGUCGGAUAAAAUUUUUAGUACCAAAGAUGAACUGGAACAUCAGCAACAAGUUAUAGUUCAGUCUGGAAAACUAUUGGGCAAAUAUGGUAGAAGAGAAGUUACAGACAAAGCUUUAUUGGCACUAGCGUUUGCAUUUUUCCUAGCCUGUGUGUUUUAUAUCUUGCAAAAACGAUUAUUUUAAAGGUAUAAAACAAUUGUAAAC